AUGGUCGCAGAAGUACUCCCUUCCCCCGCCAACCCGUUCCUUGUCUACGCCAAUGGUGGCUCCCCAAUCAUACCGACAUCCCUCCCGUAUAGAGACGGUCAUGUCCAUCUAUCGGGAAGCAACGACAGUAAUGGCUUUUCAAGGCUCCUAGUCACUGGUCCCCACGGAUUGCCACCCGCAAUCACACCCGAAGCAAUUCGGGAAAUGAAGGCAAUCAUGCAUGAUUUCCUCCAGCAGUGCAACUACGAGGACCCAAGUACACCCAAAGAUAUCGAGCUGCGGGAGAGGAUGGCGUUGGAGAUCGCGGCGUGGAGCCUCGACCUUCCUGCAACAUUCAUCGAGCAGGUGCACGAAACGAGCUGUCAUUUUAUAGAGACGGCCUACGUGCACACGACCCUGGAGCAUCGCUUCUUCGUCGCCCGGUACUGCGCAUACUUCCUCUACGCCGACGACCUCGGCGGCCGCUGUCUGGACGCGCUCAUACAGUUCCCGCGCCGCUUCGCAAACAGAGAGCAGCAGCUCGACCCCGUCCUCGACCGCCUCGCGGAGAUGAUCAGGGGCGCUCACGAGCUCUGGACAGACGUCGGGGCGAGCGCGAUCAUCGCGGGCACGCUCGACGCGCUUACCGCGUUCUACAUCGAGUACACCACGUGCGGGCUGGCAGUGAAGCCUCAAGCGGUGCGCUACCCGGACUACCUCCGCCUGAAGUCAGGCAUCGACCCGCCAUUCGUAGCAUUCAUAUUCAUGCGCGGAUGGCGGGACACGGCCGAGUCGUAUGUGCAGAUGCUUCCUGAGAUUGAGUACUGGAUCGGGGCUACAAAUGAUCUGCUGUCAUUCUACAAGGAAGAGCUGGCGCAGGAAACGAACAACUACAUCCACAUCCGCGCGGCGAUGGAGCAGACAACGGGGCUCGUGAUCCUUCGCAAGCUCGCCGAUGAGAUCCUGGACACUACGCGGCGGAUCGAGGGCCUGGCCGCGGAAGAUGCGGAGCUCGCUGCCUUGUGGCACGGCUACAAACAGGGUUUCCUCGAGUUCCAGAUCAAGGCGCCCCGGUAUCGACUCUCGGACCUGGGGUUGACGGAAUGA